CGACUUUUACCGCCGUCUAUCUUUUUGGCGCCGUUUUGAGCUGUGCACAAAAAACCAUUAGCAGUCACGCUCCGCGUACGCAAUGGAAUCUUUACAGCAACAACUUGAUAUUACAUUCACUCGGAAUGCACUACGUGACAUCUGUAGAAGUUUCAAUAUAACAAUCGCUUUAAAAAACACGAAGGCCGGAAUGAUAAGCGCGCUCUCCGCUUAUAUGUACGUGAACCACAUUACUGUGGAUCAGCUCCAGCGCUCCCAGUCCCCUACUGACGAUGAGUCAGUCGCGCCGGCUGAGCACACUGUGCACAGCAACGCCGCACCGACCACACGUUCUCACACUCAGAGGGACAGUCUAUCAAAGCAGGCCACUACAGCGCGUACUGAAGGCGCUCAAUGCAGGUUCCAAACGCUCAGUGCAGCAGGGAGCACACAAGCCAGCACACAUGCUGCAGAGCCGGUAGCGCGCAUUGCUUUGGCACAAUCAGCUGACAGAGAACUUAAUCACAUGAGUCGUUGUGAAAGCACUUCUAACGGCUCUGCUGCUGACAAUAACGGCGGCGCGUACCAUCAUCGUGCUGUUUACGAGUAUCACAGUAAAUCGGAUGACCGCCGGUCAGAUAAUGCGCACCAGAAUCGUUCUUACCGUGAAUAUUACAGUAGUUUCAGUGACUCAAAUGGUUCCCGGUCACCCAAUUUACACCGCUAUCGCGCACGACACCGUUCAUACUCUCGUGAUAGCACUUGUAGUGACGAAUAUUAUAGUACACAUUUCCGGGAACGCAACCGUUAUUCGCCUGAAAGUGAACGUAGUUACGAAUGUUAUCGCAAACCGCACCGUCGAUACUCGCCCGCCCGUGACCACACAAAAUACUGCAAUCGCGAAAAGUGUAAUGUGGACAAGUUAAUACAUCCAAGGUAUAUCGACUUUGAAAGCUACAGAUUAGACAACGGAAAAUUAUUUUGUCCAAAGUGUCUUGAUAUCUUUCAUUCGUACGGAGAAUGCACAAACUAUAGUUGCGAUGACAAAUACACUAUACCGCGUUUAUGCCCAAAUGACGUUAGAGUUGCAGUUCAGGAAGAAUACGAUAACUACAUACACUACAUGCUUGAGCGAAAAGGAAUGUCGUUCUUGUUUAGCAGUCAACGGAAAAGAAUGGGAAGCUACAGGAAAGGCGGCCCGUAUGGCUAUAACUAUGUACCUCCCGUAUUCUAUAGCCUCUCUGAAGAUAAGUUGUACAGUCGUCGCUCAGAUGACCCGGCAUCUCGAUGCAAGGAAAUAUUAACUAAGCAACGGGAAGAAAUGCACACACCCGAUAUUUUAAAACCACGCACACCAUACAUCAACACUGCAGGCACUGCAAAAUUAAAUGAUGCCGUCUUGAAUGCGACUUCUCGGGAAAUAGCGAAUACCAUUCCGCAAAAACUCGACUUAUGUGAAACAUUGCUGAAUGAAAUUUCCGGUGAUUUGACAGCACCGACAUCACCGUCUAUCGCAGAGAAGGAGCACCCAUCUCAGUCAGUGAACAAUUCCGUAAUGCAGAGAGUACCUCAAAUUAACUUUUUGCCGUCAACGCUGUUGAAACAAAAAUUAAAUGAAAUGAUUUCUAUCGUACAAAGUAUUCGGCCAAUUCUAUUGUCAAUUCUAUUGAUGCCACACUGGAGUAUAUUCGCAAUUCUCCAUUCUAUCAGACGUUGUUUACCAGCCCGCAUUUGCUCAACAUACCUACUGGUAUAUUACCAUUUCGCGACUCUGCUCCUCCAUCCCCACGACGCCGGACGAAUGCGGAAAAUUUUCGGAUACCGUAACUGUAAGGGAUGCCUAACUACAAGGAAACGGACGUUUACCGGAUGCCUUAGUCAACCGUGAGGGAACCAAAUCAGCGUAUCCGACGAAUUGGAGUACAAACUGGACUACUACGACAGUCUCCCUUGACCUGACCUGCCGGAAUCACUGCCGUCAUCACCUUUAACAGUACACACCGUACCGUGGCGCCGCACCAGUCCCUACCCCCUCCGGACACGCCAUGCAAGCACAGCCAGUAUUUAACCGCAUUUAACCUUUUUCAGUUUCCUUCUUAAUUUCUUUUCCUUUGUAUUGUCUUGAUGAGACAGGUAUAUCUCAUCGCUACCGUGAGGGAUGUAGCGAUAGAAGUUGUACAACCCAUAAGACCACCCAGUUAUGACUCAUCAUGACGUUAUGAAUUCUCUUUAUUUUACCGGCUAGCUGUUCUUCUUCACAAUUUCUAGAAUUCAUUCUUGCCUUAGCUUGCUACAGCUUGCACCAGCUUGAUCAGCUUGUUCCGCUUGUUAAACUCUUGCCUAAACCUUGCUCCCUGUUUUGCAUUGUUCUUGUCAUUAAACAUGCCGUGAACAUCCGUUGUUACGAUCAGUAAUUGUGUUACGUCAGUAAGAGCGUCCACGACCGCGCCGUUGCCGGUCGUGCCAA